AGAUCCCUGAAGUGUUUGAGAAAUUGAUUCGCACGUGCAUGGGCGAGAAGAAUGCUUAACAACAAUACAAAACGCAAUCACCUUCCAGAUGGACAGGCACAGACGGAUUCCAACGCCAGCCAUCCAUCACCUAACGCGGAUCACUCUUUAACUCCUUCAAAUAACAAUGAAUGGCAAGGAAGCAACGAUGACGUGGUUCUUAGACGAAGACACUCUAGUUUUCAAUAUAGUAGCAGCGAUUCAAUUUCGAGAGAUGAAGACUCCUUUAAAGAAAUGCAAGCCGACCUCGACACUCUAUUUAGGAGAGGACUUAUGUAUAAGGGAAUAUACUGGCCAACUUUGAAUAAUAACUUUCACAGUAAAAAUUUGGAAAUCGCGUACUUGCGAUAUUCCCAUCGACAAAGACAGAAAUCCCUCAUUAUUGUUAACAUGGUCGAUCUACUUCUAAAGCUCGCACUAUUUGUGGUAUGGAUAACAUUGGCAAAUAAAUCCAUACAAGAGGUUAUGUCCGAUCCAGCAGAAUCGGAUGCAAUAAUUUGGUCAAUUUGCGGAAUGGCAGCGAACAUAGGCGUUUGCAUUGUGGGCUGUUGGAGAUGCUUCGCGAACAAUUACCUACAUUGGGCAGCGGUCUGCACGUGGUUACUACUUAACGUUCAAGGAUUCUUUGGGAAAGCGCUAGGGUUCAACGAGACGCAAGAUUUGGUUUGGUACAUAUUAUUUAUAAUUUUCGUACCUUACGCAAUGCUACCGCUACCUUUACUUUGGUGCAUGAUAGCCGGUUGUAUAACUUCCGUUGGGCACAUAAUCGUUACGGCAAUAAAACUGUACGCGUAUAAGAAUGGCUUUGGAAGAGAUGGAGAACCACUUGAGAACUGCAGUACGACAAAAAUAAUAGUAAACAUUUUCUUGUACAUCGCCGUUAAUUACGCCGGCAUGUACACAAAGUACUUAACAGACCGCAGCCAGAGAAAAGCUUUUUUGGAAACACAUCGUUCGAUGGAAACGCGAUUUCGUACGCAAAAUGAAAACAAUCGUCAAGAAAAGUUGUUACUUUCAGUACUGCCUGACUUUGUUGCAAAAGAAAUGAUUAGGGAUAUAGCCAGGGAGGAAGAAAGGGGAGGUACAUUUAAACCGCACCAGUUUCAUAAGAUUUACAUUCACCAUCACGAAAAUGUCAGCAUCUUAUUUGCCGAUAUCAAGGGAUUUACAGCGCUGGCAACUCAGUGUAGUGCCCAAGAAUUGGUAAGGAUUUUGAACGAUCUCUUCGCACGCUUUGACAGGUUAGCCGCUGAAAAUCACUGUUUAAGAAUCAAGCUUUUGGGCGAUUGCUAUUACUGUGUUUCUGGCCUUCCAACGCCUAGAGCAGAUCAUGCACACUGCUGCGUGGAAAUGGGUUUACACAUGAUUAAAGCUAUAAAGGAUAUUCGACAUAAAGCUCAGGUUAAUCUGGAUAUGAGAAUAGGGGUGCACUCUGGUUCUGUACUUUGCGGCGUAUUGGGUUUGAGAAAAUGGCAAUUUGAUAUAUGGUCGUAUGAUGUUCGCCUUGCCAACCACAUGGAAUCGGGAGGUAUACCUGGUCGAGUUCACAUUUCGGAAGCAACAUAUCAGUGCUUAAAUGGUGUGUAUGACGUGGAUCCAGGAAACGGUCAAGAACGCGACGCCUACUUAAAAGAACAUAACGUACAGACGUAUCUCAUCAGGCAGUUGGAACCAAUGAGGUCGAGAAAAAGACUGGCUUCACGUCCAAGUAUAUUCUCCAAUAAGAUAUGGCCUGAAGACGAAAUAACUUCCAGCUUCCCAACUAGUCCGGUGUCACCAGUUUCUCCACCGCCAUCGCUCUGUGAAAGGAGCGACAGUGGCAUCGAGCACAACACCGUCGACGAUGAAAACACGACGGAUUGGACGCCUGAAAUCCCUUUCGAAAACCUACACCAUAGCGUGUCUUUAGACUUGGACGAAGACUUGGAGUCGAUUAAUUUCUCCAUUGGUAAACAGAAGUACGAUAUGCGUACCGAUAGCAAGAUAGGUUCGGCUUUUGCGCUUUCCUCAACCGACAAGACACCAGAGAUACUCGAUCAUUCGAUGGAAAUUGAAAGUAAUAAGAAGAUGCGGAAUGCGAACGUUAAUCCGUGGACGUUGCGAUUUAAGGAUAAAGAAAUCGAAAGUCAGUUCAGUCAGCUUCGCGAAGAUAUGUUCAAAUCCAACAUGUUGUGCUGUUUUAUAAUUUGGAUAUUCAUUCUAAUUUGCCAAACAGUUAUUAUGCCUUUCAAUUUGGCUGCAACUAUCUGCGUGGCCGUUGCUACGAUCUUGCUUACAUCUACUACAAUUCUUGUAAUGGCGGAAGAGUUUGAGCAGUUGCCAGAAACACUGAAGCACAUCUCUUCAACUUUAGUUCACAAUCAUAGAAGCCGGAAUGCCUUUAUUUGUGGCGUCAUCCUUCUAAUGGCUAUAGCAAGUUCGGUGGGAUUAUUUAUUAAAAUGGACCUAUUUAACAGCUUACAUUACGAGUUAAGGCAAGAGAACUUUCUUUCAACGUACAGUCACUUUAAAGAAGGCACUAGCAGCAAAACAAAUAGAUCUACUCAAGAGAUCUUCAUUAACCUUAACGUAAUGGCAACCAUUCACAAUGUCACCAUACACCAAGACAGUAUAUGUAACAAAUCUUGCUUUGAACGCUUACAAAAAGUUCUUGGUAUGAAAGACGAUAUGGCUAACGGUAAUGACACGAUAUCACCAAACUAUACUAUGCCUAGAAUUACAAAACGUUCGAUAACGUUUGUAACAGACAUUGUUAACGUUAGCAACAGCGGAAAUACUAAAGUUGUAACCUACGACGCCUAUGCUUGCUCCUAUCCAGAAUACAUCGUAUUUAGCUGGGUCCUGUGCCUAAUCGCACUUGCAACUGCGCUAAAAUUGUAUUACUUAAUCAAGAUCAUGCUGGCUAUGCUAAUGUUGACUUGCUAUACUGUAUUAAUACUAGUACCGUUUAACGAAUUAUUUAAUUAUCAGAUUGGAACCGCAGAUGUCAGCCACUUCGUUCCACUGUCUGGGAAAAUGUUGAUUCUGUUGAUUAUAUUCUUCCUAAUGGUGGCGCAUCACGCGAGGUUAGUUGAAGUUACAUCGAGAUUGGAUUUCUUAUGGAAGCAACAGGCCGAAAGGGAGCUCGCCGAUAUGCAAGAAAUACGGCACAACAACACACAGUUACUGAAAAACAUACUACCGGAUCACGUAGCGAAACAUUUUCUUAGAAAUGAGCGGCUGAGUGAUGAGUUGUAUUCGCAAAAUAGGGACGAAGUUGGUGUACUGUUCGCCAGUAUACCAAACUUUAUUGAUUUCUUCUCUGAAGAUAUGAACAAGGGUAUGGAAUGCAUAAGACUUCUUAAUGAGAUUAUAGCCGAUUUCGAUGAAUUGCUAGAUGAACCGAGGUUUAGCACCAUAGAGAAAAUUAAAACAAUAUGCGCAACUGCAACGUAUAUGGCAGCAUCGGGACUAAAUCCGAAACAUAAGGAUUGUAUAAACAUGGAAGGCCCAGAACAUUUAUGUACCUUAAUAGAUUUUGCAAUUAUGAUGAAACAAAGAUUAGAUGACGUCAACGAACAUUCGUUUAACAACUUUGGCUUACGAGUCGGGGUGUCUUGCGGGCCGUUGGUUUGUGGGGUAAUAGGCGCGCGUAAGCCCGUUUUUGACAUUUGGGGCAAUACGGUUAAUGAGGCGUCCCGCAUGGAUUCUACCGGUGUGGUUGGAACGAUUCAAGUUCCAAAGUAUACCGCGCAGUUGCUGGGAAUGCGAGGGUAUGAACUAAAAUUGCGAGGAUUAAUUGAUGUGAAAGGUAAGGGAAAGAUGGAAACGUACUUCGUUAUUGGCCGACAAGCAAGUAAACCUCCAGGAUUUCAACGUCAGCCAAGCCAGUAUAGCAGUUUGGCAGCGGUUGUUUACGCCAUGGCCCAGGCGAGACGCAAACAGACUGUUAACAUACCUGGUGGCACAGUGAUAACAAGGCCAAAAUCUCAACAGAAAGACGAAUCAUCAAGGAAGAAAAUAUUUCCAAACUAUAGCUCCAUGCGAAUUUCUCAUCGGGCACCUACUAAUCCAGUCCGUAGAAAUACUACGCGAACUCAUCGGAGCAAUCUUCACGCUAGGUCGCAACCAAACAUGAGGCAAUUAGGAUCCGGAAGCAAUCUAGAAAAUUCGAAGUUAUACAAUAAAUCCAUCGACCAAGGUACACCAGUGAACUCAAUGCACCGAAUGACCAUAUCCCAAUCAGCGCCGCACACUCCACUAUGCGCGUGCCAUUGCGAUGGUCAAACAGCCAGAUCAGUGCCAAGGUUACUAUCAGAACCGACGGUUAACCAACAGACCAGUUUAUCUCCCACGAUGAACGCAUACCACCAUAUAAAUAAAUCGAAUCGUAACUCACCAUGUUUGCAAGAUAGGCUGUUCGAAACGGUGGCGGGAGAUGCAUCCGAUGGUACCAAGAUUUUAAAAGUGCCAGGCUACAUUGUGCCAAUUCAUUCUCCUAGUAAAACGCAAAAUAAAAGGGACUCCAAGUUUAAUUUAAGGUCACCGUUAACGAAACGGGAUGCAAAAUGUAAACUAGAUACUGUUAAUAAUAUAUCAGCUAACCCCAAUGGAACUGAUUUUACUUCAGACUUGACCAAUGUAUAAGGGAUGUACUGACAAAAAAGGGAACAAUCCUAGAUUGAUUUCGUUCCGAAUUAUAAGUAUUAUUUAUUUUUAAUUUUUAUAUCUUUUUAUGUAAUAAAGAGCAACU